AUGGCUCGCAUCCCACAUCCCCUGUCUCAAUUGAGUCUCGACGAGACGGCCUUGGCGCGAGAUGUGAUUCGCCAGGCUCACCCCGACACGCUCCUCAACUUCCGCGUCAUCUUCCUCCUUGAGCCUCCCAAGGCCGAGGUUGAAGCUUACCUGGAGCUUGAGCAUUCUGGAAAGCUCACUGCAUCUUCGCAGCGCCCGGCGCGAUUGGCCCAAGCUUGGUACGAUGUUAUCGGAAGUUCACGUGUGCCUCAAUAUCAUGAGACGGUCGUCGAUCUUAGGGCAGCCAACAUCACUGAGAAGAAGGUCAUCGACGCCAAGAGCCAAGCUAGUCUCUCAGUGUGGGAAUUCGACCAAUUGGUCAAGUGCGUCACAGAGAACGCAGAAGUCCAAGCAAAGGUCGCCGACUUGAAGCUCCCAGCUGGAUUCGAACUCGUCAUCGAGCCUUGGCCAUUUGGCGCCCCCGAUCCCAGAGAUGGAGACGACCGGCUAUUCCAAGCACUGAUGUUCGCUCAAAGAAGUGGAAACCCCGACUCCAACUUUUACGCCUACCCGUUGCCCAUCAUCCCUGUGGUCAACAUCCACAACCUCGAGGUUGUUCGCAUUGAGACCCCUGCUACAGGUGGUGGAGGUGAUUCUCUGACAGAACGAUCGAACUAUGCGGGUAUCGUCGAUCAUUGCACCGACAGCGAAUAUGUGCCGGAACUUCUCCCCGGUGGCACCAGACAAGAUUUGAAGCCCCUCACCGUGGUUCAGCCUUACGGACCUAGCUUCAAAAUUGACGACGGAAAUCUCAUCCGAUGGCAGAAGUGGCAGUUCCGCGUUUCGUUCAACCCUCGUGAGGGUGCUGUUCUUCAUGAUCUGCGAUAUGACGGCCGAAGCGUUCUGUACCGUCUCAGCAUCAGUGACAUGACUGUCCCCUAUGCCGACCCGCGAAACCCUUACCACCGAAAGCAGGCCUUUGACUUUGGCGACGGAGGUCUCGGCAACGCUGUGAACAACUUGACUCUGGGCUGUGAUUGCUUGGGUGUCAUCAAGUACUUUGAUGGUGUACUUGUUGAUCACGAGGGUAAGCCCCAGAUCACCAAGAAUGUUAUCUGUCUUCAUGAGCAAGAUAAUGGCAUCAAUUGGAAGCAUACCAACUGGCGAACCGGUCGAGCUGUCGUUACUCGCCGCCGAGAACUGGUUAUCCAGUUCAUCAUCACCCUUGCCAACUACGAAUACAUCUUCAACUUCAAGCUCGACCAAGCUGCUGGAAUCAUGGUGGAGGCCCGCGCAACUGGUAUUGUUUCGGUCGUCAACAUUGACGAGGGCAAAACUGCGCCUUGGGGCAAUGUCGUUAACCCAGGAGCGUUGGCACAGAACCAUCAACAUGUGUUCUGUGUGAGAAUCGACCCUGCUAUCGACGGCAGCCGCAAUACCGUCGUCCAGGAAGAGAGUCUGCCGGUGGCGAUGAACCCUUACUCCAACCCUCAAGGCAACCUCUACGAAGUCCGUCAGGUCCCUAUCGCCAAGUCGGGAGGAUACGAUGUUGAGCCUUUGAACAAUCGAGUCUUUAAGAUUCAGAACACGAACAAGCUCAACCCUGUUUCGGGCAAGCCUAUUGCCUACAAGGUCAUCACACCCGCUACACAAAAGCUGCUCGCAGACCCUCGAAGCACUCAAGCUCGACGUGCUUUGUUCGCCAAGCACCAUCUCUGGGUUACUAAGCACAAGGACGACGAGUUGUAUGCUGGUGGUCGGUAUACUUUGCUGAGCAAGGAUGAGAUUGGUGGUGUUGCAGAUGCUGCUGCGCGAGACGACGAUGUGCUGAACGAGGAUGUCGUCUUGUGGAGUUGCUUUGGCCUGACCCAUAACCCCCGUGUCGAGGACUGGCCUGUCAUGCCUGUUGAGAUCCUGCAGGUCUCGCUUACUCCCGCCGACUUCUUUACUGCGAACCCUGCGCUCGAUGUUCCCUCGAACAAGGAUUUGGGUUCUAGGUACGCAGAUGCUUGUUGCAAGGAGAACAAGCUGUAA